CAACGCUAGAAACUGAGCAUCCAGAAACGUUGCGUGCAAAUGUUGGAAGGCAGGAAGUCCGUGGGAUACCAAUUUAGCGCUAGACGUUGUUACGUAACAUGCCUGUAAAGGAUUUGAGCUCUUUAUAUCAUUACAUUGACUCUGAGCACCUGGCCGAAUUGGUCUUCAUCUACAUAUCUAUCAUGUCGGAAGGCGAGACGUUGAACAUUACCCGUCUCCCAUUCCAACCACUACCAUCUGUUGUGCCCCCGGACUCAUACGAUGCUCAUCGCAGCAAACAAACACCUUUGGUCAUCGACAAUGGCUCUACGAAUCUUCGUUUUGGAUUUGCAACCUCCUCAACACCUCGUACUGGCCUGAACGUGGUUGCAAAGUACAAAGAACGUCGAACGAAUAAGCCACUGCUUCUGUUCGGCGAGGGAAUCGAGGCUGAGAGUGGAGCUAAAGCCCAGGCAAAGACACCAUGGGAAGGAGAUGUGUUAUUGAACUUCGAUGCGCUGGAAAAUGCAUUGGAUUAUGCUUUCAUCCAUCUCGGAAUCGACACGCCUACUGUCGAUCAUCCUGUCAUUAUGACAGAGCGACUGAGCUCGCCGUUGCAUUCUCGUGCAUUAACCUCUGAGUUGAUGUUCGAACAGUACGCCGUUCCUUCUUUGGCGUAUUGCGUCGACUCAGUAAUGUCGUUCUAUCACAAUAACAUACCGUCCCCGCCUAUACCUUUCACUUCGGAUGGCUUGGUCGUAUCAUUCAACUCUGCAUCGACGUCAGUCAUUCCUCUUCUAAACGGGAAAGGCAUCAUGAGUCAUGCUAAGCGGAUACCUUGGGGUGCAACUCAAGCGACAGAAUUCCUCCUCAAACUCGUACAACUGAAAUACCCGACUUUCCCAACACGAGUAACAACAGCACAAACAAGUUGGAUGCUCCAGAACUUCUGCGAAUUUGCAAUCGAUUACCCAGCUCUCCUGCGCGAACUCAAAGAUCCAUUAAAAUUGCGAGCAUCUGAACGUAUCGUCCAGUUUCCUUUCAUCUUGCCAGUAAUAGAAGAGAAGACGGAAGAGGAACUCGCGAGGAUCGCUGAACGGAAGAAGGAACAGGGAAGGAAGUUGCAAGAAAUAGCAGCGAAGUCAAGGAUGGAGAAGUUGGUGCAGAAAGAAAGUGAUCUUCAGCAUUUGCUGAGUUUGAGGGAGCGACGGGAAGAGGAGAGCAAGAAAGACUGGGCUGCAACCCUGCAGGAGGAAGGUUUCGAGAACGACGCAGCCCUUGACGGUGCUAUCAAGAAGCUGGAAAGUAAUUUGAAGCGCGCACGCAAAAAGGAAGCCGACGGCGAGGACAUGGAGGAUGAACCGCCUUCUUUCCCUCUAAUUGAUGUGCCAGAUGCAGACCUUGACGAAGACGGUCUCAAAGAGAAGAAGAAACAGAGGCUGUUAAGAGCAGGUUACGAAGCUCGCGAGCGUGCGCGCAAGGAGAAAGAAAGGGAACGCGAGGAACGAGAAGCAGAGGAGCGUAAGGAAGAGGAAGAACGAGACCGCGACUUAGCUGGAUGGGCGACUAAGUUGCGCAAAGAACACGAUGUACGCAGUCUUCAGUCCUACAGUUUCUCCGAACGCAAGAGUAUAGUGUUGACCGCUUUGACUGAUAGGAAGAGCGCGGCGUCGCAAGCGAGGAUGAAGAGUAUAGCAAAUCUUGCUGCAGAUGAACGUGUACCCAAGAAGAGACGUAAAAACGGAGGAGAGGACAUGUUUGGCGCCGAUGAUGCAGAUUGGCAGAUAUACCGCAAGAUCAACACCACUGCGCCGUCCUCGGACGAAGAGGACGACUAUGCCAACUUGCAGACAGUGGAACAGAAGCUGCUUGCUUACGACCCGACGUUCACCGCUGAACAUACCCAUGCCUCAUUGUCCUCACAAAGGUCUGCCCUCAUGCAAGCUUUCAGACCGGAGUAUGCGGAGGGGGAUGUAGAAGGGAAAACACGCAUUCAUUUGAAUGUUGAGCGAUGGAGGGUCCCGGAAGCCUGGUUCCAGCCAAGCAUGGCAGGGGUAGAUUCUGCUGGUCUUGGAGAAGUUAUACAGACUGUCUUGGCUCGUUUUACCGACACUGAAAAGGGCAGACUCGUCAAGAACGUGUUCGUCACUGGUGGUCCUUCCCAAAUACCCAACUUGCUUCCCCGCCUAAAUGCCACCUUACGGCCAAUUCUUCCUCCUGAAAUGCCAUUGGAUAUUGUCCGCGCUGCUGACCCUGUCCUUGAUGCUUGGAGGGGUAUGGCCGACUUCGCUAGGACGGACGAGUUGAAGCGCGUCGGUGUGACGAAGGCUGAGUAUGAAGAGUGGGGCGGUGAGCGGAUCAAACGGUGGUGGGGAGGUAAUUGGAAUGCGUCUGUGCCUAUUUGAGGUUCCUGUGUUAACAACAGUUCUUGACUCGUUGUACCUAUAUCUACUGGAUUGUAAGCUUUGUGAUGAAUGCGCUAGUGGUUAAAUUGAUCUAGGCAAUGCAAAUAUUUGUACAUGAAUGUGUUACUUUCACCCAAGAAAUACACGCAUGGAAUCGGUCAGAUG